AUGGCCACCGCGACACAGGACGCCAUGGAGUUGGACCCCAAGUACGACCACUAUGACUUUCCCACCGCCACCGCCGAGGCGAGACCUGGGCUACCAGGCCACUUGACGAAGGAACAGCAGGCUCAGGUCAACCAGCUCCGCUUGAUGCUCGAGAGCGAAGGCGCAACACAGCGUAUCGACACCCUGACGUUGUUGCGAUUCCUCAGGGCCCGCAAGUUCGACGUGAACGCGGCCAAGAAUAUGUUCCUCGAAUCCGAAGAAUGGCGAAAGGCCGUAAAGGUCUACGACUACGAUACCAGCGAAUACAGACUACUCUCGCUCGAAGACCCAGUGCCCACCAACGCGAAACAUAGCGGCAACGCUCCCCCGCCAGCCAAGGAACCUAUCAACCUAGACAUGUCCAUCGCCGAUUGGGACAAGGAUGGUUCCUUCAAGCAGAACCUAUCCAAGUACUACAAACAGUUCUACCACAAGACUGACAAGGACGGACGACCUUGCUACUUUGAACAGCUUGGUGGCGUUGAUCUCGCGGCUCUCCACAAGGCGGGCUUCACAUUCGACAAGAUGCUCUUCAAUCUAGCUGUCGAGUAUGAGAAGAUGGUCGACCCUAGGCUGCCGGCCUGCUCGCGCAAAGCCGGGCACCUACUUGAGACGUCCUGCACGGUCAUGGACGCUGCUGGGCUGAGUAUAUUCAACCCUGGACAGUUUGCAACCUACAUCAGAAUGGCAUCUACGAUGAGCAACGCCAACUACCCGGAGCGCCUGGGCCGUAUGUACAUCAUCAACGCAGGCUAUAUCACAAGCAAGAUGGUUUGGCCCCUUGUCAAGGGGUUUUUGGAUCCGGUCACCGCCUCCAAGAUCUUCAUUCUGACCGGCAGCUACAAGAAAGACCUGCUGGCGCAGAUUCCCGCCGAGAAUCUGCCCGAGAAGUAUGGCGGUAAGUGCAAAUGUCAAGGCGGGUGCGAGCUCAGCGACGCCGGCCCAUGGAGAGAAUCAGAGUGGACCAAGCCUGCAUGGUGGCAGAAGAAGGCGGACGACACCACCAUCGAGAACAAGCCCACCGAGAUCGGGACUGGCAAUGGCGCUGCCCAGGGCCAGGUCCAAAUUGCUUCAUCCGACGAGCUCAAUGCACCUGCACCAGCCGCUGCCUAG